UCUCUCGUCUUCGGGUCAUUAGAGCUGAGGCAGCAGCUCCUCAUGCAUGCGGGCAGAGCCGAGGGCCCCAGUGCAGGGGCUGGUAAUCUCCCAGUCAGGCCAGGAGGGGAUAUUAGCUCAUCUGAUGGCUCAGAUUAAGCUCAGGAGGCUCCGGGAACAAACAACCUGCUUUUCAUUGUGUGACCAGCGCGAGCGAGGACCACCAGUGCGAUGAGAGCUGUCCAGCGCUGCCCACUGCUCCUGCUUUCCAUUGUUCUGUUCGCUGCCAGGAGUGAACCUCUGCGAUGUUAUACCUGUAUGGGCUCUAAUAACGACGACUGCAACCGACAAGGCUCUAAGUCCUGUCCUAGUUACUCAGACGCCUGCACGGUGGUGGUGGGCCAAGACAGUGGCGUCAUGAAAUCCUGCUCCUACAAGUCUUUUUGCAGCCACGCCAACAAUCAGGGCCACAGAGCCCCAGGGGUCAGAGUUCACUGCUGCUACUCUGACGACUGCAACGUGACCAGCUUCGCCUCGCAGCUCCCACGUCUCAGCUAUCUGCUGCUGUGUCUGCCUCUGCUGUUCCACUGCUUCUUCAAGUAGAUGGAAAACCCGCAGAAAUCCAGCGGUCUCACAAAUGCCUACCAUUGCUGCUCUCAGUUCCCUGACAUAACAAUAUGAUGCCCUACUUUCUGCUGGUUGGCUUUGAGGUGGUAGGUGAGACUGGGUUGGACCGAGCACACACAGGACCAUUAAGCAGUAGUAAUACUGUACAUAUGCCAUUCCAAUGAUUUCACUAAGGCGAUAAGUAGCGGAUCCUAAGACAAGUGCUAAAACAACAUGAUUCAUUAUUGUCUUCCUACAAGAAAUAGGCAGAGAUGUGAAUAAAGUCAUCGGUUGUUCGACCUGGGUUUGAUGCUUUGCACACAGCUUGGGAAAAACUACAGCAAACGUCAUUAUGGUGAGAAGUGGCAGUGGUGCCAUAGCUAGUUGUCUGCCUGUCAGUCACAUGUCUUAAGAGCUGUGUGGUUUAUUUUAGAAGGUGGUGGUGGUGGGGGGGACUCCUCUCACUCUCCAAAUCCACAUAAGGCUUUAACAGUGCACAUUUAAUACUCUGAUGAUGAUAAUCCGCUGCGUUUGAAGCCCUACAGAGUCUACAAGCAGACCCUGAACCCUCUGGGACGGACUGCUUUAAGAGUAGAUGCUGCUGAGUUAUCUGUGCGUGUCCAGAGGGUGACAUUGCAACAAAGUAGUUGGUUUGGAUGCACAUUAAAUACCUGCAGCCACCGGCUUCUUUAUACAUUUUACAUGGACUAUAGACAUUCUAGCAUUAAUCACAGUCAAAUGUGACUCUGUAUACACUCUACAUGUACUACAUUUUUGUUUAUGGGCAUGACUUUACAGUUCUGUUGGGUAGUUUCUAAGGAAAUACAUCCUGCUUGGACAAGAUACAGCAGUUUGUGCUGAAUGUGCACAUGUUCAUCCAUUAGCAGGGUUCAGGUCAGUCCCAGGUGUCACUGGGAAGAAGGUAGGGCUCACUCUGGACAAAACAGGACAUACACAGAGUUUACACCUAUGAGAAAUUAAAUUAUUAUGUGAAGGAAGCACAACUGUGCUGCUCCCUGUACAGAUACUGCAGAGUAAUAGUUUAUCAUAAAUAUAUGUAAAUACAACUGUGAAAAUAAACUCCAUGUUUCCAUGUUGUUUCUGAUACAAUCUUUGCUUUGUGAUGAUGCUUUUGAGUCUGACUAAAUCGUAACAGCAACAUAUGAACUUGUGUGAUGUGACAUGAGUUCAAACCUGCUGAUUUGAGGUACAGUAGAUCAGUUCAAGAAGAUGUAAAACACAUCUAUGUAUAUAUUUUUAUCCCACAUUACCACAUGAAAAAAAAAGCUGUAAUACCAACAUCAUUAACUGCAUGUUGACCCAAUCCCACUGCAAAUGGAACAGCUGUGUUAGAGCAGCUGUUGUCAUGCGAAAUAAUAUCAACACAUUAUGACAUACAAUAUUUGGCAGAGACAUCUUGUUCUGAUGAUGUUCACUGUUUACAGAACAGCUCCGACACAUUAGUGAAGUGGAUCCAGUGUGAUGAUACAUCAGCUGUGACUGGAAUAAACACAGAUUGGGUUAAAUAUAUUAACUGUG